AUGUCAGCUGGGGAUUCUUCCAGGGAAACCCUGGAAAUAGAGAGCUUCCACACGCGAUUCAGUGCCUGGACCCCGUGUAGCAACAAGGCAUUAAACAGACAGCUCUUUCAGGAAAGAGUUGCUCUUAUAAGUCAUUGGUUUGACCUCUGGACUAACAAGCAACGCCAAGAGUUCCUAUUCACGAUACUUUUACGCUGCACUAAAUCGCAACUAAGGUUUGUCCACGAUCAGUUUUCAGAAAGGAUGCAAGUGGCCAAAGUGGACUUCUCCACAGUGUUACCACGCUUCAUUUCUCUCUACAUCUUUUCCUUUCUGAGCCCGAAAGAUUUGUGUGCAGCCGCACAAGUCAGCUGGCCCUGGAAGUUUUUAACUGAACAGGAUUGCAUAUGGAUGCCCAAAUGCAUCAAGCUGGGGUGGUUUCUGCCCUAUUUGCCAACAGAUCAUGAGUACGGAGCUUGGAAGCACCAUUACAUUGCUUGUGUGUGCAGCUUAGACUGGCUGACACCUAGGGAAGCUGCUGCUGUUUAUGGGACCCUGAAUGAACCCAAAGCAGGCGACGAGGAGCUACAGGAGAGACACAGAGAAAAGUGCCUAAGGAAACUAAUUUGGGGGAAGAUUGCACUGCGUAAGAAGGAGUUAUUCCGAGUGCGACCCCCCUGGGUGAGCGGAACACGCUGCUCCAGAUCGUUCAAAUCCCGAUGCCAACCACGUCUCCCCCACACUGUGAGGGACCGAGUGGGAUUACAUGAAGCUUUGGAGAAACAGCUUGCUUUGGCUUCCUUAGAAGCUUUGCCCAAGCGAAGUAAUGCUUUUGGAAGACAUUCCUACCCUUCAUUCUCAAGGGAAAAUUGGCGUGGAGUUUUAAAAAACGACAAUAGCCCUUCGGAUGCUUUCCAGACACACUUCAUGUUAAUAUCGUCUCGGAUUCCUGCGUAUGAGAUGGUGGUGGACAGUGUUAGGGCAGGUGUCAUUUCUGUGGUGUACGAAUACAGUGGCCUGACCUUGGAGAGCUUGCUGUAUCUCACAGAUAAAGCCCUGGGUGGGCAGAAGGCACAGAGCAUGGGGAUAUUCAGUGACGGAGAUAGCAGGGAAAUCAAUUUACUCCAAGGCUAUAAAAUUGGUAUUAAAAAUUUAUUGAGGCCCGAGGUGAGAGACUUCUGGGAGAAAUUAGGAAGCUUCGUGGCCCCUGAAGAAGAAGGGGGUCACGUGGACCUCUUCGUACCACUGGGAGCAUCAGAGGCAGGAAUAGAAGUUCUUUCCCAGCUGUCUCAGCUAACCGGCACGUGUUUUACCGCCCCUGCUGGGAUUGCAACUGGCUCCUACCAGCACAUUCUCAGUGACUGGCUGGGGCAACCGCGGGAAAGGGCGCCCCCGCCCUCCAUCUACUUCAGCGAACCAAAGCUGCAGGCGUGGUCCAGCCUCACGGACUUCCUGGAAGACACCGUGAAGUCAGUGCGGAAACAGUUCAGACCUCUCUUCAAGGAGCUGCAGAAGAACGUCAGUGGCAGGAUAAUAGGACAGUUUAUGUUUGACACCAUGAGUAUGACUGACAUUCUGAAUAACCAAGAAAUUGCACAAGCUCUGGCAGAUGGAUUGGUGGAGCUUUCAAAAGAAAACCCUGAAAGAAAUGAUCUGGAUGACAAUCCUCAGGACACAAAACCAAGUCUCAGCAAAAAUGAUCCCAAUUUUGAGGUGCUGGUUCAGCUGGAGAGAAAGCUCCAGAUGGACUGGUCUGCCAAGCGAACUAGAGUUGCAGGGGAACUCUUACAGAGUGAGAGAAAAUACGUGCAGGUGCUGGAAAUUGUGAGAGAUGUUUACGUCGCACCACUAAAAGCAGCGCUGGCCUCAAACAGAGCAAUUCUGAGUGCUGCAAACCUCCAGAUCAUUUUCUCUGAUAUCCUGCAGGUUUUAAGUCUCAACAGGCAGUUUCUAGAUAACCUGAGAGACAGACUACAGGAAUGGGGCCCAGCUCACUGUGUGGGAGAAAUAUUCUUAAAGUUUGGGAGCCAGCUGAACACAUAUACCAAUUUCUUCAACAAUUACCCCGUUGUUCUGAAAACCAUUGAAAAGUGCAGAGAGAUGGUACCAGCAUUCCGAGCUUUCCUGAAGAGGCACGAUAAAACCAUUGUCACCAAAAUGCUGAGCCUGCCGGAGCUGCUCCUGUGCCCAUCCCGAAGAUUUGAUGAGUAUGUCCAUCUUCUCUAUGCUCUGAGGCUUCAUACUCCUGCAGAACAUACUGACCGUGGGGACUUGACCACUGCAAUUGACCAAAUGAAAGCAUACAAAAGUUAUAUAGAUCAGAUGAAGCAAAACUCCAAUAAGAAAGAUCAGCUGUCAGACAUACAGAGAAGCAUCUUGGGGUGUCCUAUUCUAUCAGAAGUAAACAGAUAUCUGAUUAGAGUCCAAGAUGUAGCCCAGCUUCACUGCUGCGAUGAGGAAAUAAGUUUCUUUUUAAGGCUCUAUGAACACACCCGCGACCUCAGUCUUUUCCUCUUCAACGAUGCGCUGCUUGUUGCUAGUCGGGGCACAUCUCACACUCCAUUUGAAAGGACUUCAAAAUCAACCUACCAGUUCAUUGCAUCAGUGGCCCUUCACAGGUUACUCGUAGAAGAUAUUCCAGACUCCAAAUAUAUCAAGAAUGCCUUUAUUCUUCAAGGUCCAAAACAUGAGUGGAUUUGUGCCACAGAAGCUGAAGAUGACAAGUUCCUAUGGCUGUCAGUACUCCUAAAUACAAUAAAAAGUACCAUUGAGAAGUGA